UAUCUUCAGAAACAUCUACUCCCUCUCUCUCUCUCUCUCUUUCUUUCCGUGCAAAGAUCACUUGUUCCCAAAGCAAAAUCUUCCGAUAUUCUUUCAGACAUCAGCAACCAACCAGUUGGAACAGAGAAUCAAAAGCUUAGCAGAUAAAUUAUUCAGACAAAAAAAAUGAGCUGCAAUGGUUGCCGUGUGCUCCGAAAAGGUUGCAGCGAGAACUGCAUACUCCGACCAUGUAUUCAGUGGAUAGAAACCGCCGAUGCACAGGGACACGCCACCGUAUUCGUAGCUAAAUUCUUCGGUCGAGCCGGUUUAAUGUCUUUCAUCUCCGCUGUACCGGAAUCUCAACGACCCGCUUUGUUUCAGUCUUUGCUCUACGAAGCAUGUGGAAGAACAGUGAACCCAGUCAACGGAGCAAUCGGGAUGCUGUGGACGGGAAACUGGAACGUCUGCCAAGCUGCUGUUGAGACGGUGCUUCGCGGCGGUUCCUUGAGACCGAUCCCUGAGCUUCUCGCUCACGGCGGCGGUUUCGCUGGCUUUCCAACGGCUACUUCUGAAGAAGCAUCCGAGAUCUGCACGGAAAUGUUGAAUCUCCAGCAGAACGAUGGUUCCGACGACCGUAACAUGUACCAUCACUCUAGAUUUUCAAGCUCUAGAACCAGAUCCAGACUAGAUUCUUCUCCGACCAAACGUAAGCGAGUAGCGUGUUCGGAGCAACAACCAUCAUCGGAGCUUGAUCUAUCUUUGAUCCCUAAUUUCCCUAUUAAAACAACGCCUUCUUCCACACGGCAGCGAUCAAGAACACCCUCGAUGAACUCUGAGGAGUCAGUGACUACUACUACUACACCGACGUCGUUUUGGGAUAACACUGCUACUGGUGGUGACAUGUACGGAAACGGAGGAGGAGAGACAAGCAAGCUGCUUAACCUUUUUGUUUAAGUAAACGUUGUUGUUUUUUUCUUCUCUGAUUUAGUUAAUUAAUUAGGUUUCGAAAAUGUAAUUUUACUCAUUUUCUUCACUAUUUUCGUGGAUAAAAUUUUGGGACAGGCCAGUUAUAACUACGCGGUUUUGUUCUCACGGUUCACAAGUUAUUAACCAUUGUUAAUCUGUAAUACUGAGGAUUAUUGUUCAAACAAACAAAAAAUAUUGCAGGUGA